UCCCCUGUUUGUCUGACGGCGACCAAUUAUCGUCAUCGCCAUCGAGUGCGGCGGCGACUGCAAUCGGACUGUUCGGUUUGCGUCAUCCGCCCGCCGCUGCUGCUGCCUGGCUGGCAGGCUGGAGCUUCUGUAACGUGCACUCACACGCUGACACACGCUUUUCGCGAGGUAUAGAUCGGAGCGGGCGGGCUGCGCACCACCAAGCUCGCUCGCACGAUUCUGCGCCCUCGUCCGCCCGCUAUUGAUCCACCUGGACGAGGGUGUCGGGGUCACGUGAUCAACUGGCCCGAGAAACCGAAACUGCGAGUGUCGGAGCUUGUGGCCGCUGCUGCGAAAGGAACCCUGAGCGCCCUGCCCCGGCGGCCAUGGACUACACGAGCGUGCUGCUGGCCACGGCGGCCGCCAACGCCGAUCGAGCUUGCAACGUUCCGCAGCCUCGAAAAACUCCCUACAGCAGGGUGGCGAACGCCGCUUCAAUGCAGCUCACUGCAUUCGGAUUCCGGCGCCGCGCUGCCCCUGACAUGGCAUCGGCGCCGACGGCGGCGCCGGUGUCAGCCUCCUCGUACCAUUGCUCACCAAACCACGUGCCACCUACGCCUCCCACGGAGCCAAAACCCAAGAAUCCAGUAGCCAACCGAUUCGGAUUCCAACUUAGUCCGCGGGCAACCGCCGUCCUCAAUAAUAUUAAUGCACAGAUUGUGUCGCCGGAGCGCAUCGACGGAAACUGCAACCCUGUCUCCUCGACGGAAAACUACGAGCAGGCCCCCCUGCUCGAGGAGAACAACAGGUCAACCUUAGCAGUGACCGCACCGGCCCAGAAGCCGCUGCCGACGUCGCAGUUACCAAAACCAAAGCUUGUUAAGUCGCGGCUGCCGGGGCCAAAAGCAAGCGGCUCCAAGCCGGGUCUGAAGCAACCGACCGCCGGCAAGAAGAAUGGUGCCGCCAUCGCCAAACCCGUGGUGGUAAAGCCCGUCUUGCGGCCGCAGAGCACCAAGUCGGCCAAGACCGAAGCCAACAUAAUGGUGGCUAACCAGAGCUCUGACUCUUCGCCUGGCUCAGGAAAAUCGGCCUCCUCUGGCAUCGGCACCCUCAGUGUCACAGACGAUUCGCCCACCGACUUGCGCAUAGAGCGAUAUGAGCUUCGCGCGCCGACUGCAAUCUCAGAGGACCUGGACGAGGAAGAGAGACAGGAAAAGGCGUGCAUCGACGAGAACUCCUCAGAAAAAGCACCGCCUGCCUUCCCAAUUCCCGCGUGGAGCGAGACAGCCGCCGACGAGGUCUCCUCUACUGGCAGCUACAGCGAGGGCAUUGAAGAGCAGCAGAUCGAGUUUCCGGACAACGUCACAGACAAGUCCGCAGACAGCUUGGUCAGCAGCAUUUCCAGCACGUCGUCAGAGCUGAACGACAAAAAGAAAAAGAAGAAGUCGGGUUCCAGCUUGUCGCAGUUGUCCAAUGGCUCUGACGAUAAUUUCCUGAUCGACGAUGAGAUCGCCGACCAGCCUGGACUGACUUUUGACGACAACAACUACGACGACACAGAGUACAUCGAGGACGAUGGUGAGCAUGAGGAGGAGCAGGGAGAUGGUGAAGAGACUGACGCGCAGUACAACAAGGAUGACACAACUUUUAUGGGCGAAAUCACGCUCAAUGGAGAUGAGCAGACUUACAAUAUUGAGGAGUCUGUCGCCAAUGAAGAAACUCCUCCGCAAGAUCUGUCUACCUUGGUCCAAGACGCACCACCAUCUAUUCAAGUUGGGUGCGAAGAAGGUGGUCGCGAGGCACAAGCUAGUCCUGUCCGAACCGUGAACUCAACGCCGCGUAGAAUGCGCUCAAAUUCGACGGGCACCUUGUCGCCCUGCGAAAGUAUUACCUCUGAUGAUCUGAUGUUGGAUUUUGAAGAAAGUUCACGAAAUGUGAGCAUCUCGCAGCUGGCUGAGUUUGGAUGCGGGAUUAAUGGCUCUGAUGAGAUCAUCAACAAGUGGAACGUGAUGCUCGGCUCUGUCACUAGUCUCAACAGCCUAGGAUGCGGAGGACAGGCUCCGGCCCAUCAGACGCCGCCGUCGCUGCGGUCAAGGGCGUCAAGCAACUCGGAGGUGGGCCGCCAGUCGUACAACUCGCCGCUUCGGCCGCCGCGCUCCUCGGUCAGCUCGGUGGAUGGCGAGUGGCUGGCCAACCAGAACAUCCUCCACGACAUCCGAUCACUUAAGACUGAUUUGCUGAAGCUGAAACGCACCCUGCAGGAUGCCGACGUCAGAAACCCGUUCGACUCUUCGCUGAGUAUAAGCGGCCUCUACUAUAAUUUGGCCAACAGUGAUGGAUUUGAAAAGGAAGACCACCACCCCAGUGUGUCUACAGAGGAGGAUAACGUGGAUCUCAGGCGUCAAGUAAUAUUUUUAAAACAGCAGUUAAGCGAAAAAGACAGGACGAUUUCCCUACUGCAACAGCAGAUGACAAAGUACUGCGGAAUCGACAGUUCGCCAGAGAACGCAGCUGAAAAGACGAACGUAGCCACACAGACAGAAAGGAUUCGACCUGUGUCAAUGGGCUCAACGAUGGCACACAGCGUGCCCGCUGAUGGAAGUGGCCCUCUAGUCAGCACUUCGACUGAAAACCUGAAGCAGCACAAGUCGGAUGUGGACGGCCCAAAGCUGCAGAAGCCGUUGUUCGUCCUCAACAACAACCACCACCUCCAUUCCAAGGGCGCGUCCAAGGAGGCGCUACACGGCAUUCCGAUCCCCCAGCAGAGGAGAGUCAACUCGUAACCCCCAGCCCCAGCACACGGCAUUUGAUAUUGUAAUAAUUAUUAUUCUCACGAAUGUUACGUUAGUUUAUUGUGGUGCUGCGAGCGGACGACUUUUUAUGGUUUGACGACAAAAGGCAAGCACCUCUUCACUCUAUUCAGCACACACACACCUCAGAUCCUGGGAGGAUAUUUAUUUUUCGUUUGCUUCGAAAUAAGGCCUCAAAAUGUGAUGAACACGCAUGUCUUUUAUCGACCCGACUUGUUUCAAAAAAGAUUUUCACCGUGGAAGCAGGAAAGAGAGCUAUUUAUAUUUUUAAACCGGUGCUUGGAGGUUUUUAGUAAUUCUUUUAGUGUAUUAGCUUCAUAAUAUUGGUCUUACUAAAAUGAAACUAGCGUUGGAUACGACGCAACUUUGGGUUCUGUUCCUCUCUUUCCUCUUCUGCCCCACGCGAUUUUACUUCACAAGCGGCUCACUUUACUUAACCGGAAAAAUGCAUUUUUUUCAGUUGAACCAUUCCACUUUGAUCUUCCAGUAUUAAUUAACCGCAUUAUCACUAUUUUAGAUUAACGUGUAAUUUAUAUUCCGAAUAAUAUGACGUGUAAAUUUGUCAGAAAUUGAGAUUCCUUGCAAAAGAUAAUAACUAAAAACUACAGUUAGAUGUACACUAGAGAACAUUCUUCAGAUUUUGACGAUUAAUUGUUAAUGUAGGUGAGAAAGAAGUGCGAGCGAGGCAGAUAAUUUAUGUUGUUGGUCCUGUUGAUUUCAACUCGCACAAUUUGUUUUUGUAUAAUAUGGGCUGUGAGCCAGUAACCCGGAAAUGCAUGAUGUACGAGUAACCUAUUCGAGAAAAAUCAGUUGCAUGGUUUUCUUCUAGUCACACACCCGGAUUCCACAAACUAGAAGCUAUCCCCUCAGUUCCGAUGACUUUUGUAAGUGUUCCCCACUCAGUUGUCAACGAAUUAUAUUAAAUUGCGGCAAAUUUUUU